GUUGGCGCCUCUGCCAUUCAUAUUAACUAUCUUCUAUCUUGGUUUCAUUUCCAUCGUCAUUCUACGUCCAUCUCUUCGCCGGAAUGACGAAUUCCGGUUCCACCAAUCUCUUCCUAGUCCUACUCAUUCUUAUCACCCAUUCCCUCCACGUCACUGCGAACACCAAAGCUCAUUCCAUCCUGCAGUCAUCAUGUUCAACCACCCUCCACCCUCAUCUAUGCUACUCCACGCUCUCUCACAUCCCUCAAUUCACCAAAAUCGUCAAAACUCCAAAAGACGUCAUCCAACUUGCUGUCAAUAAAACCAGGGAGACGGUCGAAAGGAACUACUUCACCAUAAAGAAGCUCACGCUUAGGUCAGAUCUCACCAAACGUGAGAAAAUCGCCCUCCAUGACUGCCUGGAGAUGGUCGCCGACACACUCCAACAACUCAACCAGAUCAUAGCUUUGAUGGAGGCUUAUCCUGCCAAGAAAGGGAUUCGCCGCCACGUGGAUGACUUGAUAACCCUUAUGAGCACCACCCUCACCAACCAGGAAACAUGCAUCGACGGUUUCUCCCACGACAAACAUGAUAAACAGUUACGCCACUCGCUUAUCCCCGGAGAGAUCCACGCUGAGAAGUUGUGUAGCAACUCAUUGGCCAUGAUCAAGAAUAUGACCGACACAGAUAUAUAUAUGGCCAAGGCCAACCAAGUGAAUACGAAAGGGAGGAAGUUAAUGGAGGAUGAAAAGUGGCCGGAGUGGUUGUCGGCGGGAGAUAGACGGUUGUUGCAGUCAGGGACUGCAACACCUAACGUGGUUGUGGCGGCAGAUGGGAGUGGGGACUUUACCACGGUUUCUGCUGCGGUUGCGGCUGCUCCAUCGGGUAGUUCAAGCAGGUAUGUGAUUAGGAUAGCGGCAGGAGUGUACAGGGAAAACGUGGACAUUCCAAGCAGUAAAAGGAACUUGAUGUUUCUGGGGUCCGGAAGAAGUUCCACUAUAAUCACGGCCAGCCGAAGUGUUGCCGGCGGGAGUACGACCUUCAAUUCCGCCACCGUCGCGGCUGUGGGUGCUGGAUUCUUGGCACGAGACUUGACCUUUCAAAACACGGCAGGGGCUUCCGGGGAACAAGCCGUUGCACUACGAGUCGGAUCAGACCUCUCUGCAUUCUAUCGAUGUGGCAUGAUAGCAUACCAAGACACCCUUUACGUACAUUCCAAUCGUCAAUUCUACAUCAACUGCUACAUAGCCGGCACCGUUGAUUUCAUCUUUGGCAAUGCUGCAGCCGUCUUACAAGAUUGUGAUAUCCAUGCUCGUCGUCCCAACCCAAGCCAAAGGAACAUGGUCACAGCUCAAGGGCGAAGUGAUCCCAACCAAAAUACAGGAAUCGUGAUUCAAAGAUCAAGGAUAGGAGCCACAUCCGACCUUGUACCGGUGCAAGGAAGCUUUCCGACAUACCUAGGGAGACCAUGGAGAGAAUACUCGAGAACGGUGGUAAUGCAAUCAACCAUAAGUGACGUGAUACACCCGGAUGGAUGGUUUCCUUGGGACGGGGAUUUUGCACUUAAUACACUGUACUACGGAGAGUAUCAAAACACUGGGGCAGGGGCAGAUACAUCGAAUAGAGUGACGUGGGGAGGGUAUAGGGUGAUAACAAGUGCCACUGAAGCUCAAGGUUUUACUGCUGGAAACUUUAUCGAUGGUGGGAAUUGGUUAGCAGGCACGGGCUUCCCUUUCUCUCUUGGCCUGUGAUGCUGAUCAUACUUUGUGAUAUAUUGGAAUAAUGACCUUGUUUCAAUUGUAUGCUAAUAAUCGAACAACAAGUGAUAAUUGGAAUUGUAUUCGAAUUUUACUUGUUAAUUUUUAAAUCGUAUGAGUAAAUGAUAAUAAUUAUGUUCUCUCAAAA